CUGCUCUCUGUGCGCAGGUCCGGAAGAGGUCGCCGGUAAACAACCCGCUGCCGCUCCGGUGUGAUGCUCCAUCGCUCCCAUCUCUUUCAUCACUUCGUCUGGUCCUUUACAUCCUGGAGUCCCUGGAGACAGACAUGCAGCAGUCCGUUCAUCUCUCUCUAUAACACCGACUCCACUGGAGGAGAUAAUCUCAUGUCCAAAAGAGAUAAAGCGGGGAAGAAGGGCAAAAAUGGAAAGAAUACACCCUGUGCUACGGAGACUCCGGCGGUGACGGUCCUCCCGGUGCCGGUGACCCGGGACAAGACCGGGGCGGUCACGGUGUCGGUGCACGCCAAACCGGGGGCCAAACACAACGCCAUCACAGACGUGUCUGAAGACGCGGUGGGCGUGGCCAUAGCGGCGGCCCCGACGGACGGCGAGGCGAACGCAGAGCUGCUGCGGUACCUGGCCCAGGUGCUGCAGCUGAAGAAGAGCCAGGUGGCCCUCGACAAGGGCUCCCGGUCCAGGAACAAGAUAGUUACCUUGGGGACGACACUCAGUCCGGAAGACGUCCUGGACCGACUGAGGCAGGCCACUAGCUGACCUUUGACCCAAGACUAACCAUCAGCCAACCGAGCCACCAUGUUGCCAUUGAUAAAGAAGCAGGAUAAUUAUUACAAGUUGGAACAAUUUGAAAAACAAGUGUCACAUAUGGAAGAAUAUCUUUGGAAAAUGCAAUAAAAAAAAAUAUUGUUUGCUAUGCGAAGUUCACCGUGUCAGCAUGUUCACUGACACGCUAACCAACAUCAGGUCAAUUCAAGUACAACCUUUUGAACCAGAUUUACUGAGUAACUUCCAUAAAUGGACCGUCUCCAGCUUAGAACAUUAGUGGUUGCAAACCCUGCCUUGCAUGUCAACCCGUUGGGUUUCAUAGUCAAGUCGGAACGGCCCCAGAGUGAACCGUGGCGGCGUUCAUAAGUUCACUGGCACUAGCCACCAUUCUUUAGUGUUAAAGGUCCCAUGGCAUGCCACCAGGUGUGGUUAGC